AUGCUUAUUGGACUCUCUGGGUACGUAACUGGGUAUAAUGGUACUUAUCUCUUUGAAAAACCAGGAGAUAAAUACAACGGUUCACGCUAUGAAGGAAUGCGUUAUUUUUGUACAACCUUAGGAGCACUCAUAAUGCCCAUGGCUUAUGAYACAGUUUAUGAGUUGACGCAAUCAACCGAAGCAGCUGUGAUAUCUUCACUUUAUUUAAUAUUUGAUGUUGGUCUCGUAACUUUAAAUCAAUAUAUUUUGCUUGACCCGAUUCUGCUUUUUUUCUUAACUGCAUCCGUUUGGGGAAUGACCAAGGCAUCGAACCUUACAGCAACUGGAAAUUCUUAUACAAUCUCUUGGUGGGCUUGGCUAUUUUUUACCGGUACUAUGUUAGCUUGUACAACAAGUACCAAGUUUGUAGGUCUCUUUGCUGUUAUGCUCGUGGGUUUGCACACAAUCCAGCAACUUUGGAUAAUUUUUGGAGAUAYGAGAAAACCAAUUACGGAGACUGUCAAACAAAUCGCGUGUCGAACAAUUGCAUUAAUUCUGUGGCCAAUUAUUUUGUACAUGUAUUUCUUUUACAUUCACUUGAUUGUACUGAAUCGGAGCGGAACCGGGGAUGGCUUCUACAGUUCUGCUUUCCAAUCGCGUUUAAUUGGUAAUUCUUUAUAUAAUGUCAGUAUGCCGCGAGAUGUGACAUAUGGUGCAAUUGUUACUAUUAAAAAUCAUAAGACUGGAGGAGGUUAUCUACAUUCCCACUAUCAUUUAUACCCAAAAGGUAUUGGAGCCCGACAACAACAGGUAACUACAUACACUCACAAGGAUGAUAACAACAAAUGGCUUAUAAAACCCUACAAUAAGGAUACAAUUGAUAACAUAAAAUAUGUUUCGCAUGGCGCCUUAAUAAGACUAGAGCAUGUUGCUACUAGGCGUAAUUUACACUCACAUGGUGAACCAGCACCACUCACUAAAAGGCAUUUGCAAAUAACAGGAUACGGAGAGGAUGGGCAAGGUGAUGCAAAUGAUAUUUGGCAAGUUCUAUUGGUUGAUGGUAAGCAAAACACCAGUGUUAAAACUGUUACAACAAAGUUUUUGCUAAUACACUAUCUCCAAAAUUGUGCGCUGACUACCAGCGGACAGCAACUUCCGAAAUGGGGAUUUGAGCAACAAGAAGUUUCUUGCAAUCCCAACCUGAGAGAUAAAAAUGCAUUUUGGAAUGUCGAAGAUAAUCGAAACGAAAAAU